ACAAUAGAGGGAGACUGUACACACUAUAGCAUCAGUAUGUGACUGCUGGUGCCUGAUAAUACCGAUAUCGAGCUCCUUCAGUGGACAACUUGCUGAGCUACCUUUUUUCAUUUGCAAGAGGAUGCCAGCUCUAAACCAAUGCAACUGAUAACAGACUGGACAUUGGAAUAGUUCGUUUUACUUGUAAUUACAUCUCUUACAUUCUGCAUCUCUGAAGAAAGGCUUAUUACAGAAGACAAAAAUUCAUCCUGUCCCCUUAGCUCACAUAGUACUGAUGAUAUACAGAGUUUGAUCUUGCAGUGAAAGCUGCUGAAUUGUCAUGCUUCUGAUAUCUUCAGUGGAGACUUGCAAGACUAUUUGACAGAAACAUAUUUCUAAGCUUCUGGUUAGUCAUCAACUAGCUACACAACAAAUUCAAGACCAGAAGACAGAAAGGCAGCUGAGGUAAUAAUUCUUCGGAAGAAGUAAGACGCCCAUGUCUUUGAGGUGUUGUGAAAUGAGCAGAGAGUGAAUUUUACUUGAACUAAGCAGAGAGGAGAAGCGCAGCCUUCUGGCUAGAGCACUGGUCUGGAGCCCAGGAAGCAGCUAAAGAGGCAGUAGAUUUGAUUUGGCAAGUCAUUUGGAAAAGGAGGAGCGGAGAGCCCUGUAACCGCUGAACAAUAGAAAAUGGUCGGCUGUGGAACUCUAUCGUGAAGACCUCAGAAGAAAGACCAAUUUUUCCAGUCAUCUUUUCAUAAUGUAAAUAUAAUUUGAGCUUUCCCAAAUGGGCAGCUAAACCAUGAGCAAGCAGAAAAAACCAUUUUGGACUGUAUUUCUGAACCAGGCUUCACCUUCUGUCUCGGGAACUUAUUAAAGGAUUACAGCUGAAAAAGACAAGAGAAAGAAAACCUUGAACAGGAAGCUUAUCCUACAAUGAGAAUUACAAGUACAUCUUGUAUCUGCCCAGUCCUAGUUUGUCUCUGUUUUGUGCAGAGGUGUUAUGGAGCUGCUCACCAUGGCUCCAUCAAGGUGACUAGAAAUCAAACCAAACACGUGGAAGGCGAAACAGAAGUGCAUCAUCGUCCCAAGCGUGGAUGGGUGUGGAAUCAGUUCUUUGUUUUAGAAGAACACAUGGGACCAGAUCCUCAAUAUGUAGGAAAGCUGCACUCCAAUUCCGACAAAGGUGAUGGAUCAGUCAAAUACAUUCUUACUGGAGAAGGGGCGGGGACUAUAUUUAUUAUUGAUGACACGACUGGAGACAUCCAUUCAACCAAAAGCCUAGAUCGAGAGCAGAAGACACACUAUGUGCUUCAUGCCCAAGCUAUUGAUAGACGGACAAACAAGCCACUCGAGCCUGAAUCUGAAUUUAUUAUCAAAGUGCAGGAUAUCAACGACAAUGCACCAAAAUUUACAGAUGGACCAUACAUUGUUACUGUGCCAGAGAUGUCUGAAAUGGGUACAUCUGUUCUACAGGUGACAGCCACAGAUGCAGAUGACCCUACAUAUGGAAACAGUGCCAGGGUAGUGUACAGUAUUCUUCAGGGACAGCCAUAUUUCUCUGUUGACCCUAAAACAGGAGUCAUCAGGACUGCCUUGCACAACAUGGACAGGGAAGCCAGAGAGCAUUAUUCCGUUGUCAUUCAAGCCAAAGAUAUGGCUGGGCAGGUCGGAGGGCUGUCAGGGUCAACAACUGUAAAUAUCACACUCACUGAUGUCAACGACAAUCCUCCCAGGUUUCCUCAGAAACAUUAUCAACUCUAUGUUCCUGAAUCAGCUCAAGUUGGAUCAGCAGUUGGCAAAAUCAAAGCAAAUGAUGCAGACACUGGUUCAAAUGCAGACAUGAAGUAUACAAUUAUAAAUGGUGAUGGCUCUGGGGUGUUCUCCAUAUCUACUGACAAAGAAACAAGGGAAGGAAUUCUUUCCCUGAAGAAGCCGCUCAACUAUGAAAAAAAGAAAUCAUAUACACUUAAUAUAGAAGGAGCAAAUACUCACGUUGAUUUCCGUUUUUCGCACUUGGGACCAUUCAAAGAUGUAACAAUGUUGAAGAUCAUUGUUGGCGAUGUGGAUGAACCUCCGCUCUUCACUAUGCCUUCCUAUGUCAUGGAAGUUUAUGAAAAUGCGAAGAUCGGGACUGCUGUUGGCACAGUAACGGCACAAGAUCCUGACACUGCCAACAGUUUAGUGAGAUAUUUCAUUGAUCAUAACACAGAAGAAGAUAGGUAUUUCACCAUUGAUGCUAGUACUGGGACCAUUAAGACUGCCAAGAUCUUUGACAGAGAGGAGACACCUUGGUACAACAUCACGGUGGCUGCUUCUGAGAUAGACAAUCCUGGGCUAGUGAGCCACGUUCCAGUUGGUAUUAGAAUCCUGGACAUCAAUGACAACCCUCCGGAGCUCGCCAGAGAGUAUGAUGUAGUCGUCUGUGAGAAUGUAAAGCCUGGUCAGGUAAUUCAGACUAUCACUGCAACUGACAAAGAUAACUCUGCAAAUGGGGCAAGAUUCCAUUUUUCCCUUGAUGAAGGGCUUUCUUUGAAUCCCAACUUUACUCUAAGGGACAAUGAAGAUAAUACAGCCAGUAUCCUCACAAGACGAAGGAGAUACAGUCGAACCACUCAAGAUAUCUAUUACCUCCCCGUUUUGAUUUCUGAUGGUGGAGUGCCCCCUCUCAGCAGCAGCAGUACUCUCACAAUUCGGGUUUGUGCAUGUGAGAGAGAUGGACGAGUGAGAACCUGCCAUGCUGAAGCUUUCCUCUCCUCCGCUGGCUUGAGCACCGGAGCUUUAAUCGCAAUCCUGCUCUGUGUUGUCAUUCUUCUUGUUUUCUCUUUAGCAAUCGUGGUCCUUUUCAUCACCCUAAGACGUAGCAAGAAGGAGCCCUUGAUCAUUUCAGAAGAAGACGUCCGGGAAAAUGUUGUGACAUAUGAUGAUGAAGGCGGUGGAGAAGAAGACACAGAAGCAUUUGACAUCACAGCACUGCGGAAUCCAUCAGCUGCUGAGGAGCUAAAAUACCGGAGGGAUGUUCGUCCUGAAGUGAAGCCUUUGCCCAGACAUCAUCCGUCCUCAAGCCUUGACAGUAUAGACGUUCAGGAGUUCAUUAAACAAAGACUGGCAGAGGCUGAUCUGGACCCCAGCGUGCCCCCGUAUGACUCCCUACAGACAUAUGCCUAUGAGGGUCAUAGAUCAGAAGCUGGAUCUAUCAGCUCUCUGGAUUCAGCCACAACACACUCUGACCAGGAUUAUAAUUACCUUGGAGACUGGGGACCUGAGUUCAAGAAGCUAGCUGAACUCUAUGGGGAAGUAGAAUCAGAAAGAACAACUUAGUGGUAAUUCCCAGAACAGAGAAGUUCCUAAACAACUGGAGAUAAAAUGACAGCAACGGUAACAAAAAAUGAAUACAGUACUUGGAACUGAGCAAGUUGUAUGCAGUUACUGUAGAACAAGUGCCCUUUUCAUAUUUGAAACUGGGUUCUCCAAUUGGAAGAAAGUUAAAUUUUGAAAAAUACAGAAAGCAGAAGCUAUUGUCCCUUGUGUAUAUUUUUUAAUUGCUCAAUAAAGUCCGUGGUACCGUAUCUGUAACAAUACCUAAAGUAAAGCCAAGCAAUGACAUUUUUAUUGCAAUAUGCUUAACAUCUCCAAGCUACAGUAAGUUUAUGGUCGUGCCUGUUUAGGAAGACAGCUAACGGAGGAGCAAAUGUCUUGCAGGUGGUUGUGAUGUUGCAUUUCUAGCUGUGCUCUAGGCCUUGUGAUCCCAAUGUGAGGUAGCCAAUGGGGUUUACUAUCAGUGUGAGAAGUGCUAACAGUCUGUUUCCUUUACAGAAGGGAUAAGCCACACCUGUCCUCUUAAAUAAAUGGUCCUUUGAUGAUUUAA